AUGUACGCAUAUGUAUCCGAUGAUGUCCUUGAAAUUGUACUUAUUGAGGCGAUGAUGACUUAUUUUGAUUGUUAUUUUCCAAUAGAAUCUGUUGAUGUGUGUUCUAAUAUCAAUAGUAGUCGGUCGCUGUGGUUGAUUACAUUUGGAAAUGGUUCAGAGAAGCUUUCUGACAGUGUACCCUCCACUUUCAAUUUCAAAACGACAUACGAACAAACGAGAAACGUCAAAAAUAUAGAUGUUGGGCAGUUUAUUUUGAUAAAUACAGUACCGAGCGCUUCCUAUACUAGUUGGCAUGUUGGAGCGAAGGACCAUACAUUAAAUGAUAGUAACGGGUACAUGAUGGUAGUCAAUGUGGCUUCCUCUGGACCCACCAAGCUACUUGAGAUCACUGUGGAUCACCUCUGUAUGGGAUUGCAAUACGAAUUUUCCGCUUAUUUGGCAAAUGUAAAUAAGCAGGGAGCAAAACAAGAGAGGCCAAAUGUUUGGUUCGAAGCACAUGCAGCAACAGCCAAUCAGACAAUACUUAAUAAAUCAUCGACUGGCGAUUUGCCUGAACUGGCGAAUUUUACGUGGUCAAAACACACACUUCUGUUUAAAACGAAUACCAGUUCAGUGAUUUUGUCAAUGAUUCCAUAUGAUCAUGGUAGUGAUGGGAGGAACCUAGCUAUUGAUGACAUAGAAUUACGCGUUUGUUCAAAUAUAUCAUCCGAAUUUGUUCCAUUAGAAAAAGAGCUAACUACAACAGAACGUCAAGCAUCGUCUACGACAACACAACAGACAAGGACAUCUCAACAUGAUACAACAAUAAAUAGCCAAGAAAGUUCAACAAUUACCAUAUCGACAGAGGCGUCAACUACGCAAGGUAUGCGAUUAGGAAAAUAUUAUAAUAAAUUAACCGUCAUUUUUUUAAAGAAUAGUCCAUGUGACAUGAGAGAGCCAUGUCAAAAUAACAGUACAUGUGUGAACAAUAACACCGCACUGCAUGGAUACAUUUGUUUAUGCCCACCUAAUAUUACUGGUGUGCAUUGUGAACAUGAUCAUCGAUUCUGUAUGUCGCAUAUUUGUCUAAAUAAUGGUGUGUGCAAUGAAACAUCACGGACAUGUGUGUGUUCCGAUGGGUGGAGAGGUGCACAUUGUGAAUGGCUAAUCAAUCUUUGCGAAAAAGAUAGAAUAACAUGUUCGAAGAAUGGUGUUUGCCGACCAUUGCUAGUUAAUUACACAUGCGAAUGUUUCAGUAGUUAUUCUGGUCGACAUUGUGAACUCAUGGUAACGAAAAUUCGUAUUUUAAAAAUUGUUAGCAAAUCAGUUUCAUUCGUUGCCAUUCUUAUUCUUGUAAUUUUCAUUCUGUUUAUCAUUAUCAUGGAUGUCUUGAAAUAUUGUUUUGGUAUGGAUCUAACGCGUGAAGAAUUACAACGGUAUCGACGUGAAAAACAAGCAAGAAAACAAAAGCGGCCCGUUGUUCAACGAUUUACUUAUGUGGACAAACCGACAGCGAUGAAAGACACAUCAGUUUAA